CGCGUUGGCGCUGCCCGGGCCCCGGUAUAAAGCGGCGGCCGCCGCCCGGCCCGCUCCGGCCCCAUGGCGACGCGGCGGCGGCCCCUGGGCGGCAGGCCGGUCCGCGGCGUGAGCGGAGGCCGCGAGUCCCCCGCGGGGCGCCGUGAGCGCGGGCGGCGUCUCCCCCGAGCCGGGCUGGCCUGAGGCGCGCCCGGCCGCCCGCCGCCCGGCCCGCAGCCAGGAUGAGCGCGGAGCCGCCCCGGGAGGAGCCCCGCGGCAGCGCCGAGAUGCAGCUGAAGGUGGAUUUCUUCCGCAAGCUGGGCUACUCCUCGGAGGAGAUCCACGUCGUGCUGCAGAAGCUCGGCCUGGACGCCGACACCAACGCGGUGCUGGGGGAGCUGGUGAAGCACGGCCCGGCCGAGCGGGAGGGCGCCGAGGCCCCGCCGGAGGCCAAGGAGGCCCCGCUGGUGCCGCGGGGGGGGGCGGCCAACAAGCCCCCCGCGCCCGGGCCGCCCCCGGAGGAGCCGGAGGGCGAGAACCUGAAGCCCAUCGUCAUCGAUGGCAGCAACGUGGCCAUGAGCCAUGGAAAUAAAGAAGUGUUCUCCUGCCGAGGUAUCCUUCUGGCUGUCCAGUGGUUUUGGGACAGGGGACACAAGGACAUUACAGUCUUUGUGCCAUCUUGGAGGAAGGAGCAGCCUCGACCAGAUGUACUUAUAACAGACCAGUACAUUCUCCGUGACCUUGAAAAGAAGAAAAUUCUGGUCUUCACUCCUUCCAGGCGGGUUGGAGGCAAGCGUGUUGUCUGUUAUGAUGAUCGAUUCAUUGUGAAACUGGCACAUGAGUCUGAUGGCAUUGUGGUUUCCAACGAUACUUAUCGGGACCUGCAGAAUGAGCGUCCUGAGUGGAAGAAAUUCAUUGAGGAGCGUCUGCUGAUGUAUUCCUUUGUUAAUGACAAGUUUAUGCCUCCAGAUGAUCCCUUAGGGCGACAUGGCCCCAGCCUGGAUAACUUCCUUAGAAAGAAACCUGUGGUGCCAGAACACAAGAAACAACAGUGCCCUUAUGGGAAGAAAUGCACUUAUGGAAUUAAGUGUAAAUUCUACCACCCCGAAAGGAUCAAUCAGCCCCAGCGCUCAUUAGCUGAUGAACUCCGAGCCAAUGCAAGGUUGUCUCCUACCAGAAGUACCAGUGUCAAGGAGGAGAAAAAGGGCAAAAGAGGUUCCCAGGCAGAGCUCUUGUGCUCUGUGCCCACAGAGAGUGAUAAAAGCUCUUUGCAGAAGGUCUCUGCAGAGAGGAAAAGCUUGUCCCACAAAGCGAAGCCCAGCGAUGUUCCACUUCAGGUCAAAGGCUGUGUGUCAGGCAGUGUCCCCCCCAGCAGCGGGAGCCAUAGGUCCUCUGACAGGUACCAGCAGCCUCAGAUGGACUCUCUGUCUUAUAUCUCUCAGGAGCAUUUUGACUCGGGCAUUGGGUCUCUGGAGAACCAACUGUCUGACAUGUGGCCUUACAGAUCUACCAGUCACUGUGAUCAUUCCCAUGCUGAUCAGGUGGCAGUUUGCACCUGCAGUAGGCAGAGACCUGUCUACCCACAUUCUCCCAGCUUAGAGCAAAACGGUCUGGUCUCUUACAAGCCUGGCUCCAAUAAAUCUUCCUCCUCUGGUGCUAGCUUCUUGCAGUAUAGCCCUGAGAUAACUCACUCAGGACCGUCUCACUCUUUCUCAGGCUAUGGAGUGCCUGUGCACCCAGCCAGUGCUGGGCAAUACAGUCUGCCCAACGAGUUCAGUGCCCCUCCACCCCACUCGCGCGAGUACUGGUCUGAACCGUACCCGCUGCCGCCGCCUCAGGUGAGAUCCACCGGUGUGCGAGAUCCUCGCUCAGCACAGAGAGCCCCCGGGCCCGCCUACGGGGACUCCUGCCAGUGGGCUGUGUCUGACCAGUUUGCAGAGGAGCGGGCCAACGUGCACGUCAAGCUGUGUGGCAUAUUCCACCCCCAUUUAGUCGAUGCUGUGAUGAGCCGUUUCCCGCGGCUGCUGGACCCCCAGAGGCUUGCUGCAGAGAUCCUGACGUACAAGUCUCAGAACCCGGGUCUCUGAGGCGGGUGCUGAGGGCGGCCAGGCAGGUGAGGAGCUUGAGGGGCGAUGUUUGUGCUGUAGCUGCUGUAGAUGCCUUUGGGGGGCUCCCCCUUAUUCCUUGGAAGUACUGGGCUCCACGGGGAGGCUAUACGAGGUGUGGUAUGCACACAGCAAAUUCUGGUCUAGACAUGGCAGCGUGCCCCUGGGAGGUGAGAGCACCGCAGGGUCCCUUCAUCCCCAGGGGCUGCUGAAGAGGCUCUGGGUGCCCAACAGGAGAAGAGGCUGCAGCUUCAGAGCAGGAUUUUGCCUUCGGGGUUGCAUGGCGAGUCAGGCACACCCUAAAUUCUUGCGGUUAUUCAGAACUGAUUGCGACCUUACCCCUCCCGCCUGCUUCAGUUUCGAGAUGGCUUUAGCAUCUUAUCAGGUAGCUGGAGGGAGGACUGCCAGGGGGCUUGUGAAAGAUAAGGGGGUGAUACCUUUGCAGUGGUGCGAGGCUUAUUUGUGAAGACUGAAAUGCAUUGUCAAGACUGUUCUUAGCCCUUAACUAAGCCUCUUUACUAAACCCUACCAUGCAGAACUGUGGAAAAUGCUGGGUUACAAAUCUAGUAUGAAGCUAGGUUUAGCUGACAUCAGUUUGGUUCUAUUGGUGCACUUCAGUGAUGCUUUCCAUACCCUUCCCACUUAAGCCCACCUUCCUGAGAUGAGGUAGCUCUCCAGUACGCAGCGCAAGGGCUUAGCAAGCUGCUCAGCUGCCAGACACCUGGGGGGGGGGGGCUGGGAGCGCAGGCCCUUCCCUGGUGAGGGGCCUGAUGCUGCUCCAAGGCUGCGUGCGAGUGGUGGUUGGCGCGGGCUGGAAAAUGCAGUUGUCGGGACACGUGGUUGACCACGCUGCUGGUGCUGCUCUAAAGCAUUGCCCUUGCCUGCUAACCUGUCUCAGGCUAUCUCUGCCCAGCACCGACAGGGACUCGUGACGUUGUGCCUCUUGUGCCUUUUGUUUUCAGACAGCAAUAGUUUUCAGCGUUCAGUAGAACAGCUGUAGUCGUGUUUGGACUGCUGCUGGUACUGCUUCUGAUGAAUCCUUAAUAUUUUUCCCUGUAAAGCUGUUGCUUCACCUUUCUUCUUACUAACGUUUUCCUGUCCCCUUCAGCUUUAUCAGACUAUAGCAGCAUCCAAAAAUGUAGAAUAUGAUUUAUUUGGUAACACUGUUCCCACUUUCCCUCUUACUCAGUAAGAUGUUUUUUACUGUAGAUACUGUAACAGAUUUUAAAUAUGCAAAACCAAUUGCUGUAGUAAUUGGUUCUGGUCCUGGAAUUUCAUUGUGCUUAGAAUGCAAAGAUGUUUCUUGCACUUGCAGGCCAGAAGCAGUUGAUUUGUUGAUACACAUUGUAUCUGUGUGUUUUGUUACGUUUUUAAAAUACGUCCAUCUUGUGGUUAAACCAAGGUUGUGGAGUGGCAAAUUGUGAAGGGGAGUGUGGAAUACAGCUGUUCCUGAGAUCCCUCCUCAGGAGCGGUUUUGUCUCUCUCUGUUCUUCCCUCUGACUGUCCAAGGAGUUAUCUACCCAGACUGGCACCAUGUGCCACAAAAACCACAGGGACACAGAAACCUGUAUACCUGGUUAAUUAUGAUACAUUACAAAUUAGUAAUGUUUCAUGUUAGUAAGCAAAAUGCUUCUUAAUUUUAAGUAACCUGAUACUUUGCAUACUUGUAAAUUACAGGAAAAAUGGUUUUUAAUGUUAUUGUCCAGCAACUUGCUGCUUGAUGCUGUUUUUAAUUAGUACUAUUCUUGACUCAGGCAUUGUGUUACUUGGCAUGGUGUUUUUUGUUGUUCUGGUGAAAUGCUUCUCUUGCAAUCAGAAGAUUAACAUUUUAUACUCACAAGCUGACACUUUACUGAACUUUCUGUAUCAUUAUGCAGUAUAUAGUUUAUGUACUGAAUGGAGGCAGCCGUGUGAAAGCCAUGGCAAAGUAAGAACUUGUGUUAUAUAAAUAAAAACUGCUGAGUUGAA